AUGGCUGCCUACGAUGAGGGAGGGGAUGGCUUCUACGGAGGAAGAACCAGAACCUACGAAGGUGGUGUCGGACUUCCUCGACGACCAAGACCCGUCACCGACUAUGGAUCGUCAAUGGUACAGUGGAUGCGAACGCGGCGACCGAGAUACAGAGGCUCCCACCGGAUGGAAGUCGAGAGGCCGAGUCUGAGUUACACCGUUGAUAUGCUUCCGCCAUUAGCAAGACCUCAAGCGCCCGCCGACACGAUACCUGUACGACACCUACAUCAAUCCAUCGGAAAAUCAAAGAAACCCAUUACCGUAGUGAGAUGGACACCCGAAGGCCGAAGAUUGUUGACGGGCGGACAUACUGGAGAAUUCAUGCUUUGGAAUGGAACGGCCUUUAAUUUUGAGACUGUCAUGGACGCUCACUACGAUCAAUUUCAAGCCGGCGUUACCUCCGCUGCAUGGUCGCAUAGCCACGACUGGUUGAUAUCCGGCGGACAAAAAGGCGAUGUCAAGUAUUGGCGACCGAAUUUCAACAACGUCGAAACCGUGGACGAUGCCCAUCACGACGCCGUUCGCGAUCUAGCAUGGAGCCCUAGCGAUACAAAAUUUCUUUCGGCUUCGGACGACACAACACUGAAAAUCUUUGAUUUCACAGCGCGCGCCUGCGAUACUGUCUUGACAGGCCACAACUGGGAUGUGAAAUCCUGUGAUUGGCAUCCGACGAAAGGAUUACUGGUUUCGGGGUCGAAAGAUCACCAAGUCAAGUUCUGGGACCCGCGAACCGGGAGAUGCUUGACCACUUUACACAGUCAUAAGAAUACAGUUACGACGACGAAAUUCUCUCGAGUGAACAGUAACCUUCUCGCUACCUCUUCACGGGACUGCACGGCAAGGGUCUUUGAUCUUCGAAUGAUGCGUGAUAUUUGUAUACUCAGAGGACAUGAGAAACCUAUAUCGUCAAUGACGUGGCAUCCAGUUCACAGCUCUUUGAUAUCGACCGGCAGUGAAGACGGUUCGCUAUAUCACUAUCUAUUGGAUGAGCCAAAUCUUCCUUCCGGACAUGUCCCUACUGUUGCGCCAUAUGAUAGCAAUGAUCCUCUCAAUACUCCAGCACAAGUGAUACAUCCCGCGCAUCGCAUUCAAUACGCUCACGCUUCAACUAUUUGGUCGUUGAACUGGCAUCCUUUAGGACAUAUCCUAGCGUCCGGUUCGAAGGAUAACUUUACCCGCUUCUGGUCUCGAGCUCGUCCAGGAGACACAUCAUACAUGAAAGACCGCUUCCACAUCGGCGAAGAAGCGGCCGAAGCUCAAGGGACAUGGAACCGUACCUUUGGGAAGAAACAGAUGCGAGAAGAGGAAGAACAAGAAGCUCAAGACGAAGCGGAGGGUUUGGUGGACCAAAAGAAUGCUACAUCAAGCCUUCCUGGUAUACAAGGCCUGCCGGGUAUCUCAUCGGAUGCCGGAUCAUUCGGGCUUCCAGGUAUUGGUAAUUAUCAGCCACCUCCCGUACAACCUAAUAUGCCUAUGACUAUGGAUGCCGACUCGUUGGCUUCAAUGAUGGGAGGCGCAUCGGCACCUCCGGCGUAUGGAUCCUAUCCAGCCCAAAACCCGGGCUUCCCUGGGUUGAUGAUGAACGCGCCGUCGACCGCUACUCCACCGCCGCAACCACCCAAACUCGACCCGAACCUGAACUUGGCUGCCUUGCAGAAACAAUUAAUGGCGCAAGGUAUCCAGCUCCCUGCAAAUUUCGCUGAUCCAAGCGCAUGGCAUAAAAGCUGA